AACAGUUCCACAUAGCCAACUACCUUGACUAGCUCGCCAGGAUGCAGUGCUUCAUUUGGUUCAUAGGCACAGCCGCGUUGUGGAGCGUCGCAGCGGGCGCUAAGUCGAGACCCAUUCUUGGCAUCGCCCCGCGUGGCUAUCAGGAGCAGGAUACGGCGCGUGCCUUCUACUCGUACGGCUACAGCGAUGAGAAUGCGGCGCGAGCGGAGUACACAGCACGCGAUGGCUCCUCGCGCGGCUUCUACUCGUAUGUGGACGCCAAUGGCAAGCUGCAGACGGUCAAGUACGAGGCGGGCGGUCGGCAGGGCUUCAAGGCGGAGGCCAGCAAUCUGCCCAAGCAGCCCGUCGACGACAAGAAGCCGGUGACGGACACGGCGGAGGUGCAGCAGGCGCGCCAGGCACAUCUCAGCGCCAUACGCGAGGCACAGGACAGGGAGCGGGCGGUGGCGGAACGGGCGCAGCAAAACGAGGAGCAGCCGCUAAGCGACGAGGAUGCGGACAUACUGGAACGUGUGCGCGCAGAGCUGACAGCCAUGCUGGCGGAGCGGCAGCGAGGCGAGGAAGAUCGCGAAGCCGACGCCGCAAGCGAGGCUGCAAAUCAGGCGGAGAACAGGGAAAGGGAGCGGGAAAGGGAGCGGGAACGGGAACGGGUGCGGGAUCAGGAACAGGCACGCCCACGUGAUUCCAACGAUCUGCGGCUGCGCACGGUCUACCGCCUGGCAGACAUCAGUUCCAGCAGCUACCUGAAGCUAAGCGAUCUCGAGGAUCGUCUGGGUAACACCUAUUAUUCCUACGUCUCGCCCGAUGCCAAAUACAGCGUGACCACGCCCACCGAGCUGAGAAGCUUGCGUCCCGUGGCGCUCAGUCGCAGCCUCGUUUUGAGCAAGCGGAACUAGAGAUGUCUAUGGAAGAUUUGUUGAAUCCUGGUUGGAAUUAAGUUGAACGUACUCUUAAGAAUAAAUGCAUUCUGUGCACCA